CGGCGUGGCGGUAGGGCCCGCUGUGUCGGCUGGGACCUCAGUUGGUUCUAGGCGGUUCUGGUCUCGGCUGGGACUUCCGUUGUAGAGGUAAGAGAAGAAGGACUUGAACCUGCUAGAAAAUUAGAGGGGAAAGGGUCUGCAUCUGCAAAAGCAGCGGCUGUCUUACAAGUUUGCUGGACUGAGCUGGCCGCAUCGUGGCAUCGGCACACAGUUAACGCCUAUUUCCGCAUGGCUCGUUUUUCUCCAGGCACAAGUGCUUCCCUGUGCCGGGCAUCAUGGAAGGGCUGCUGUCGAGAUGCAGAGCACUGCCCGCCCUGGCCACCUGCAGCCACCAGCUCUCUGGGUACAUUCCUCACAGCUUUUACCACUGUGACCCAGAGAGAGGGAAGCGCUUGGUGCUGUCACGCAUGUUCCAGCCCCAGAACCUUCGGGAAGACCAGGUGCUGUCUCCCGAGGGCAGAUCUGGCGACCUGACCUGUAAGAGCCAGCGACUGAUGCUGCAGGUGGGCCUGAUCCACCCGGCAAGCCCUGGCUGUUACCACCUCCUGCCUUAUACGGUGCGUGCCAUGGAGAAGCUCGAGCGGCUGAUAGACCAGGAGAUGCAGGCCAUCGGGGGGCAGAAGCUCGACAUGCCCAGCCUCAGCCCAGCAGAGCCCUGGCGCGCCACCAAGCGGUGGGACUUGAUGGGUAAGGAGCUGCUGCGACUGCGAGACAGACACGGCAAGGACUACUGCUUAGGACCAACUCACGAGGAAGCCGUCACAGCCCUGGUUGCCUCCCAGAAGACCCUGUCCUACAAGCAGCUUCCGUUCCUGCUGUACCAGGUGACGAGGAAGUUUCGGGACGAGCCCAGGCCCCGCUUUGGUCUUCUCCGCGGCCGGGAGUUUUACAUGAAGGACAUGUACACUUUUGACUCCUCUGCAGAGGCUGCGCUGCGGACCUACGACCUGGUGUGCGGGGCCUACGGCAGCCUGUUCCGCAGGCUGGGGCUGCAGUGCGUCAGGGUCCAGGCGGACGUGGGCAGCAUCGGGGGCACCGCGUCUCAUGAGUUCCAGCUCCCGGCCGACGUCGGGGAGGACAUGUUUGCCGUCUGCCCCGGCUGCGGUUUCUCGGCCAACGUGGAGACUCUACGCUCGUCGCAGACCAGCUGCCCUGCUUGCCGGGGCCCACUGACCGAAAGCAGAGGCAUCGAGGUGGGGCAUACGUUUUACCUGGGCACCAAGUACUCCUCUGUUUUUGGUGCCCAGUUUACCAACGCCCACGGCAAACCAUGCCUGGCUGAGAUGGGCUGCUACGGCCUGGGUGUGACACGGAUAUUGGCUGCCGCCAUUGAGGUGAUGUCCACGGACGACUGCGUGCGCUGGCCUGGCCUCCUGGCGCCUUACCACGUGUGCCUCAUCCCCCCAAAGAAGGGCAGUAAGGAGGCGGCGGCCGCGGAGCUUGCGGGUGGCCUGUAUGACCUCCUCACAGAGGCAGUGCCACAGCUCCGCGGGGAGGUCCUGCUCGAUGACAGGACCCAUCUGACCAUUGGGAACAGACUGAAAGAUGCCAACAAGUUUGGGUACCCCUUUGUGGUCAUCGCUGGCAAGAGGGCCCUGGAGGACCCUGCCCAUUUUGAGGUCCACUGCCAGAACACCGGUGAGGUGGUCUUCCUCACCAGAGAAGGAGUCACAGAAUUUCUGAGCCAAGUGCAGGUCGUCUGAACCCCCCUGACCACCCACCCCUACGUCCCCAUCCUGCAGCCUUGGUGUUCGUUCUGAUGCUGCCUUUUCCCACACUCCGUCCCCGGCGGCCUCUCCAGAUACAGGGCAGCUUAUGGAAGGGGGAAGCAUGUUAGGGUAACCGACUUUUUAUCCAGGCCUUUGUUCCUACUUUUCGUAUUCGAAGGCGGUGAUUCCAUUCUCUGGGCUGGCAGUGCUGCCCCAAGGCAUUCCUCUUACAUUCCUUUGUGGAGGCUUUUGUGUUAGGAGGCAGAGGGGCAAGAAGGAGCCGCUGGGCUUGGCCCUCAGGCGAGUCACUUCCCUUCUCUGCCGGGUCCCAUGUGGAGGAUGCGAGCGGCUGGUUGCUGAGGCCUUCCUGGCUCUGGCAGUCUGACCCCGGUGCCUCUUGCUGCAUUUAGUUUGGAGAGCGGGCCUACCAGCCCUCCUCCACUUGGACACAUCCCCUCCCUUGCUGGGGGCCUCAGUUUCCCCAUCUGUGACAUGAGAAAAUGGAACUAUAUCUGUAAAAUUCAUAAGCUGUCAGUGGGUGGUUCCAUAAGAGGUUCAUGACAGGCAAAUCUGGGUCCUCUGCUCCCCUAGAGUCUAAGCUAUACGGAAAGUUGAUAGAAUUAGCUAAUGGCCCAAAACCACCUCCAGAGACCUGGCUCUAUUGGGCUGGCUUAGCAUGGAGAUGGUGUUCAAUUGAUUGAAUAAAGUAGGGCCACCAGGCUGAGCCUUGCAUGGUUAUUUGGAACAGUGGUAAUGCCGCCAUUUUAACUGCAGCGGCUUCCUACCUGACACUUUUUCCGUUUUUUCCCUAUUAUUUCUACAGUCCACUCACAAACAGACAAACACAUAAAACCCACCUUCGGAGGCUGGGAAUAUGUUUUAAACCAUUUCUCCCCCCAAAUGUAGGGGUAGCAGGCUUCAGGCACCACAGUGAGCUUGUCUUGGGUCGAGGUGGAUCCUAGUGCAUAUUAAGAUCUCUGCCUGUAAUCUUUGGAAAACUGGGAGCAGGCUUGAGCCACCACGGCAGUGCCACCUGGUUUCACUUCUCUUGUUCGUCACAUUAUGGUCUCCACACGUCCAAAGCUAACAAGAUUCUGUCACAUUCAAACUCAGGGCCACCACUUCCGGAAGUGUUGUGCCCUCUGCCUCCCGUAUACUCUCCCAUUCAGCACUGAUGACAUUGGUUCUUGUUUGUUCAUUGUUCUGUGCACUCCCUCUCGUGGUUGAUGGUCAGAUCCCCAGGGUCAUGGUCCUGGGCUGAUUGCCAGUGUAUCUCACUUCUUGUCUUGGCCAGUUGUCCCACCUGCCACACAGAUCCCCCAGCAGCGUGUUCCCGCUGCCACUCGUCACUGCUCAAGUAACCCACUCCCCAGCACACACCAUCAGGUUUCCUAAGUACUGUUCACGUCCAGCCCUGAUGGCCCCUAGGCCAGGAGAUGUGCAUUCUGAGAGCAAACUUAGAAAGGCUAGAUUAGAAGUCAGGGGAUUCUACUCUUGGCUGCACUCUGGAACUGCCUGGGUCCCACCCAGAGGUUCUGGGUAGGGUCUGGGUUACGUUUUAAAGCUCCACAGAUCAUUCUGAUGCAUGCAGUCGGUUCAGAGCUCCCAGUGUACUUAAGGGCAGCCACCAGCUCUGAGCCACUUUGUAGCUGAGCAUUUCUUAGAGUCAUUUCCUUUGUACAUUGUCAGCCCGAUGUGAGCUCUCUGCUUUUAAUGGUCUGGUUAUUUAUUUGCUAAGGGCCUGCCGUGCACCACUGUGCUGUGAGGCACUUGUAUGUACCAUUUUCACAACAAAAACUGUGCAGGGUAGACGCUGUUCUCCUUUAACAGAUGACGAACCUGAAGUUUCGUCUCAGCAGCUUGCUCAGGGAUGCACAACUGUUAAGGGUCAGAGCUAGAAUUUGAGUAUUGACUAAAGCCUAUGCCCUCCCUGCUGUAACUGCAUGGCCUCUGCAUAGAUAAAAGUGAUUUCAGUAGAUAAAACUGAAUUGUUUAUUUUUUUCUAAUCAAGUUAGCCCAAAAUGAGAAAUUAGCAUUUGUGAAUUGGUGUUUAAUUUUUUUAAAAGUUAACUCUUACUGAGGUAUAGUUGAUACACAAUGUUUCGUUAGUUUUAAGUGUAUGGCAUAGUGACUCAGUAACUCUAGGUGCCCAACACAAGUGUUGCCAUGCCUGUCAGCAAGCAACGCUGUGACAGCACCACCGACUGUUCCCCGUGCUGCACCUUUCAUCCCCGGGUCUUACUCUGUAACUAGAUGCCUGUGCCUCCCACUCCCCUUUUUUAAAUUUUAAAUUUGUUCUCCGUAGGCUGGCCUAUGGAAGGCUAGCCUAAUGUAAGCACUUUUGAAAACCAGAGUCCAGGAAGAGAGAAAUCAGUUAACUUAAAUUCUUCAUAAAUGUUGAAAUCACAGAAUAAUUUGAGGACAAUACAGAAUCAUGGAAGUUUAGAACGGGAGGACUUGGAGCCCCCCCGUCCACCCCUCAUUUCACCGAUGGGAAGCAGGCCCCAGCUGGGAAUUAACCUGCCACACACCGUCUGACAGCAGAACACCCGCCUGCAGGCCAAGUGCCGUGGCCCCUAAAUCGUGCUACCUCCAGUCAAUCUUGUUGCAUCAAGAGCGGUCUGGCUGGAUCAGCCCGAGCUCUAGAAGCCUUGUAGGUGGGAAACAGGUACCGUCCUCUCUUUUCCAAGGGAGAUGAAUACAAGGAGAACAGUGAUUUGCUCAAGGGCAAGCAGGACUGACACCUAGGCGUCUUGAUUACUAAGCCAGCGUGUCUUCUGAGAAGCCAGGGACGGUAGGGUAUGGGGGAGAGAUCAGAACGCUGAAGAGACAUAAUCCUAGCCUACCACUUACCAGGGAUGUGACCUUAAGACAAAUUACUUGACCUUCAUGCCUCUCAGCUUCUUCAUCAAAGAUGUGCUCAUGUCCAUGCCCCAGCCCCCCAGGGUGGUCCACGGUUGGCUGAGCUUACUUACGGGAAAUGCUUAGUCCUGUGCUCUCAGCAAAUGCUCCCAUCACCCCAGACAGCUGAAGAAAUGCCACCAUUGGGAGCUCACGUUGUGCUCGCGUUAACUUGUCUCAAGACCUGGAUCUUGUUUUCUUGAUGUGAUGCUUUACAACCUUCCUGGGGAGUGCCACGGGCAGGAAUUAAGUGACGCCUGUGGUAUGAGUCCAUCUCCUUAGAGAAAAGACACAUAUUCUCAAACUGUGUACCUUACUCUCUCCUUUCCGAACUUGUCAGUGUUACUUCUUGCCACAGACUGAUGAAAUGGAGUUGCUGGCAAAGCAGCAGGCACAGGCGCAUUGUCAUUGCUCUCACUCCUUGGGGAGAUCUAGAAGCAACUGGCUGGGAAAUAUUUAGCAGAAUUAACCCUUGGGGACAAAAGCUGGUGUGUAACAAAACCAUUGUGUAAAGCAAGCUUAGAAUGUAAAUCAAGGGCUCCAUUAAUACUCUGUGCUUUCACGGAAGAAACACCUGCUGGGCUAUCAAUAAAGGCA